CCCAACCGUUUCUUGGGAAUUUUCUCAAAGACUUAACAGAAUAUGAUAAUUUUCCCACCUCUGUGUCUUUUUUAGAUUGCCAAUCGACAGGAUCAAGGGUUAGGAUUGCAAAAAUCCUCGAGCUACCCAUCGUGGGAAAUCCAGUGGAAAUUUUAGAAAUUCUAAAAGAUCCAAAGCAGAGAAAGAAUGAUUUUCUCAUUGUGGCUGAUCUCAAUUGUCCUUCCUCCGUAAGUAUCCUUUCGCAGCUUCAAUCAAUUCAUUUUGUCCAAGCAGUUAGAUGGAUCCUUUUGGGGGAAACCUCCUUCAAUAAUCAGCAAUCUUUCCUCGAGAAUCUACCUUUGCGCCUAGACAGCAAUGUUAUUCUAGUUGAAAAUUCCACGGAAGGAUUUUCUCUCAAACAAAUUUACAAGAUAAAACCCCAACUUGGAGUGAUAUAUGAGGAUUAUGGCAAUUGGAGUGUCUCUCAGGGUAUUCAAAUUAUUAGUCCUGGGAAAGUGCUCUUCAAGAGUCGCAUGAAUCUCCAUGGAAAUCCUCUUACAGCCUCAAUUGUGAUUACAAACAAUGAUACCUACAGUCAUCUGGCAGAUUACAGGAAUCGCCACAUUGACUCCAUAACAAAGGUGAACUGGGUAUUGACUAAUUAUAUCUUUGAUAUUGUGAACGCCACCCGGCAGUUCCGCUACCAACCCGGAUGGGGCAUUAAGAAUAAGAGCAGCGGCCACUGGGAUGGGAUGGUGGGAGAUUUGCUGGAUGAUAGGGCAGAUUUAGGGGGGACAUCAUUGUUUAUGACUGCGGAACGUGUCCCCAUUAUAGAUUACAUCUCCAUGACGGUACCAACGCAUGCAGCCUUUAUCUUUCGCCCACCCCCACUUUCCUACAUCUCCAACAUCUUCUACCUCCCGUAUCAGGAUAUGGUGUGGGUGUGUGCGCUGAUCCUCUUUGGGGUGUGCACGGUGAUUUUCUUUAUUGUUUGGCGUGCCAGCUUGAAGAUGCAGGAGCACUGUGAUCCCAAGGACGUACCCCGAUUUACGGAUGUCCUAAUGAAUGCAAUGGGAGCUGUGACACAGCAGGGUGAGCAGAUGGAUGCCAAAGUUCUUCCUGGACGGAUUGCAUCCUUCUCCCUGAGCUUGGCCAUGCUCUUCUUGUACGCUUCGUAUACGGCAAAUAUUGUGGCUCUCCUGCAAUCCACAACCAACAGCAUCUCCACGCUGCAGCAUCUCUUGGAUUCAAAGCUGAAUUUUGGCGUUGAGGACAUUGUGUACAAUCGCUACUACUUCAGCACAGCCACAGAGCCCGUGAGGAAGGCUCUGUAUGAAAAGAAAAUUGCCCCACGUGGGAAGAAGGAUAAAUUCAUUGAGAAAAAUCUGGGCGUUGCCAAAAUGCGUGAAGGUCUCUUUGCUUUCCACGUGGAAGUUUCGGGGGCUUACAAAUUAGUUGAGGAAACUUUUUAUGAGCACGAAAAAUGUGGCCUUAUGGAAAUUAAAUUUCUCCAAGUCAUUGAUCCUUGGUAUGCCAUAAGGAAGCAUUCCCCGUACAAGGAAAUGGUAAAAGUCAGCCUCUUCAAGAUACGCGAACACGGGAUUCAGGAGCGUGAAGUGGGGAAAAUCUACUCAAAGAAACCCGAAUGUGCAACGCGUGGCUCAAAUUUCGACAGUGUUCGCCUUAUUGAUUGUCAUGUCAUUAUAAUCAUUAUCCUCUCCGGGUAUGCAAUAUCGAUUUUCGUAUUUUUGCUGGAAAAGUUGGUGAACAUUCGACAAUGUGCAAUUUCCACAGCAAUUUUCACGCUCUAAUGAAAAUGUCCACAACUUGUGUGCAGCAGCAGAGUGGAAAUGUCCAAAAUGUGCACGACAGAACUUUCGCAUACAAAUUCAAUAUAAAAUCCGUUUAGCAAAUAUUUUCACAUGAAAAGUAGCAAAUUUGCCAUGAAUGGCCCAAAUUGAUUGAAAUGACUUUAUCCGCAAAGAGGGGGGGGGUACACUUUAAAAAAAAUAACUUUCACAGCAUUUCCUCUUGAACUUUUCUCACGCUUUUUAGGGAAAAAUAAAAAGUUUCAACUGCAAAAACUGAGCUUAUUUGAGAGGAAAAAUCAAUCGCGUGCGUGGGUGUGGGAGAAAAAAUUAUUGGAAAUUGCUACAAAAUGAGACAAGCAAGUGGCAAAAUUUGCAAUGUGACACGCAAAUGACUAAUGAGGAUGUAAUUUAUUGAAUGCAAUUGCAAAAUAAAGCACGAAUAGAUGUGACUGUGUGAAAAAUAAAA